UAGAUUUGUUGUAACCAAGUGUAACAAACGCAUUCGCUGAUACUGAUAUAUUAUUUGCAGUCAUGCCGAAGGGAGGCAAAAAAAGUGGAAAGAAGAAGGGGGGAAAGAAGAAGUCGAGCAAGCUAGCAAAUAUGACUGAAGAGGAGAGGAUUGCAUAUGAAGAACAGAAAGCUCUGGCUGAGGAAGAACUUAGGAAAAAGAAGGAAAACAUGUUGACCCAAUUUCUGAAAGAUAAACUAACAAAGGAGGAAAGAUCCACAAAGUUCAAUAUCAAUAAGCUGAACCAUCAAUGGAGGAACAUCAUGAGAGAAAACAAGUCCAAAGAACUGAAAAAAGACCUGGAGAUUCUCAGUCAGACAUUUGAGAGAAUCGUAGACAGGAAGGAUGCCACCAUUAAAGCUUUGGCUAAAGAUUUACAGGAGGCUGAUGAGCAGUAUUCAAUGUCACUGAGGGCCCAUCUACAGAGUACAGAUAACCUUAUUGAUCAACACAGAAGCCGUAUAGAAUUCCUGAGGACGCAGUACGAGGAUGAGCUGGGUGUGAUUACUGAGGAAUUCGACACGGAGCGAGCCAUCAUGUUGGAUCAACACAGUAGAGAGAUGAAUGAGAUUUCAGACAUUCUGUUUGCAAUGGACCAGAAUUUCCAGGAGAGAGAGAGGGACGCCAAGUCGGAUUAUCAGAGUCUGGUGGAUGAAAUCCGCAAUAAAGAUAUGGAAGAAAUGCAUGGCUUGCGACAUCAGCUGACUGAAAAAUUCAACUUUUACUGGAAUGCAUUUGAACAAGCUCGUAAAAACUACCAGGAAAAUAAUGCAGAAAGAAAAGCAGCAUUUGAAGAACUGAAGGCAAAGGAUGAUGUGUCCGCUCAGGAAAUCGACUUCCAGAUGAGGAAACUUCAACGCAUUUCUGAAAAUAUUGCUCAACUGAAAGCCAAGAUGGCAGCCAACGCAAAAGAAAACGAGCAAAGAAACCGAUCAAUUAAAGAGGAAAGAGAGAGAAUGCUGGCUCACCUCCAAGACCUGAAGGCUGAAAUGAACAAACUGAGGGAGGGAGAACGAGCUAAACUGACCAAAAUGACAAUCGAGAGCAACGGAGCCAUUAAAACCAUCAAGUCUAAAACAGAAAAGGUUAAGAACGUGAUCACCAUGACGGAGAUGUGUAGACGGUUAGAGACCGAGGAGGAGAAAGUCCUGCCAUUUUACGCUUCGUCGCUCACUCAGGAAGAGAAGGAGGAUGUAGAGGCGGCCAUACAGGAGCCUCCCUAUGAAAAACUGGCACUGAUAAUGCAUGACUUUACGUCUCUGGAGAACUUUUGGAAGCGUUACAAUAAGGUGGCCCUGGAUAAGCUAGCCCUAGACAAGGAGAAACAGACACUUGUACAGGAGAACACACAGCUGAGGAGCUUACUGAAACAGUAUCUGGACGGAAUCUCUGUCAACGAGGAAAUACUGAGUCAAGUCAACCCACUCCUGGUGGUCAACAACAGAACCAACGUAAAUUUGAAUGUUCCUGUUGGUGAUCCCCGGGUCCGUCGACCGGUACCCCAGACUGUCGUGGAGGCAGCACACCACUCACAUCAUCUCAAACUCUCAUGAAGUCAUCAGUUAUUGUGUACAGACUAAUUGACUGGGCUUCACUCAUUAUAAAAAUACAAAAAUGAUAGUGCAAAAGAGAGGAGGCUGACGAAAUUUGUACUGCUUGCAGGACUUUUUGUAAUACAUGUUAUCACUGAAAUAUUUUCUAUAAUUACAGAUUAUUAAAAUCUCUUGUUUUAUC